UGCAAUAAACUUUACACAAAACAGUAACACAGUAACAAAAAGAGCAAUAUUCAAUAUGAUGAAAUGUGCAGUUCUGGUUGCAGCCCUUAUGGUAUUUGUACAGAUUCAUUCUGCACAGUCACAAGUGGGUAGCUCACAGGGCGGCAUGGGUAUGCAACAAUCAGGUGGCAUGCCUACUUCCGGUGGCAUGGGAAUUCCGAAUAGUGGAAUGGGAGGAAGUAUGAAUGGUGGUAUGAGCGGCGGCAUGCCUGGUAUGAACGGCGGCGGCAUGCCUGGUAUGAACGGCGGCGGCAUGCCUGGUAUGAACGGCGGCAUGCCUGGUAUGAGCGGCGGUAUGAACGGUGGUAUAAACGGCGGUAUGCCUGGUAUGAACGGCGGUGCGAAUGGUGGCUAUGGACAAUAGGGUUAUUAGUUGUUAAUUUUUUUGUUAUUUAGAUGUUAAUAAGAAACACUAACAAAACAA